CCAUUGACACUACAUGGAUCCACAGUAUUUGGGUUUCCAGCCAUCUGACUGCAUUCGUCUAUUGGAGGGGGUUCGGUUGAACCGCUUUACUUUUCAAAUACUGGGGACUCUGCACAGAGUAGAGCCAUGUCUCCUUCAGUACCCCUACAGGAGAUGAUCCGGGCCAUCAGGUCAGCCAGGACGCAGUGUGAGGAGCGAGGUGUCAUCCAGAGGGAGUGUGCAGCCAUCCGGGCACAGUUCAGACAGGCAGACAAUGGGGGGCGAUCGCACAACUUGGCCAAGCUGCUCUACGUGCACAUGCUAGGCUACCCUGCUCACUUUGGUCAGAUGGAGUGUGUUCGGAUGAUAGCCAGCCCUCGAUACAGCGAGAAGCGUGUGGGAUAUCUUGGAGCCAUGAUGCUGCUGGAUGAGAAGCAGGAUGCCAGUUUGCUCAUCACCAACUCCAUCAAAAAUGACCUCUCUCACAGUAACCAGUACGUGCAGUCCCUGGCUCUGUGCACGCUGGCCUGUAUGGGUUCAGCCGAGAUGUGCAGAGAUCUGGCUCCAGAGAUCGACAGACUGCUACGAGCCUCCAACUCCUACAUCAAGAAGAAGGCUGCUCUGUGUGCUGUUCACAUUGUGAGGAAGGUCCAUGAACUCGGGGAGCUUUUUGCGCCCGCCGCUCGCUCCCUCCUCACUGAAAAGAACCACGGUGUGCUGCAUGGGGCUGUGGUGCUCAUCAUUGAGCUGUGUGAACGGAACCCAGAAACACUGGAGCGCUUCAGAAAG